AAACAAUUCAAGACUCAGUACCUAGCAAUUUGCCAUACCCAAAUGUAACAAUACGCCAAUUGGUACCUUCAGUCUUUCGAUUAAUCGGUCAGGCUUUCUCGUCAUAUACAACAAUCUGUCAUAUCGUCGCGAUUGCAACGAGCCAUUUACAAGGAAGCGCGCUCCCUUCGCCAAUGGCUUCGACACCCAUGGACCUCGACCAUGCCGAUGGUGCUUCGCCAGCGAAUGGAACGCCUAGCGCUUCCCUACACAUCACACGAACUCUGGCGAGCAAUCUCCCAAGUACCUCUGCUGUACCCGACGUGAUCGCGAACUUCAGGCCUACAAAGUUAUUCAAGCGCGACGAAGCAAAAGACGGCCGCCCACACCCCUACGUUCUCAGCCUCGACUACGAUGACCCGGGCGAGCUCCUAAUGACAUCCGAAAGUGAUGAGGCCAUCCAGAUUUACAAGGUUCGAGAAGGACGGCACGAUAAACAACUUCUCAGCAAAAAGUAUGGUGUAAAGCUGGCCAAGUUUACCCGGAACAGCUCAAGCAUCAUCUACGCAAGCACUAAGCAAAAUGAUGCGAUCCGAUACCUAACAACACACGAUAAUGCCUUCAUACGGUAUUUCGAAGGCCACGAAGGCGCCGUCACAAACCUAGCGAUGCACCCCGGGAGCGAUGAUUUCAUCUCAUGUAGUAAGGAUAACACUGUGCGGUUAUGGAACACGAGCACAAGGAAUGCAACGGGCAUACUGCAUUUGAAUUCGCCUUACCUAUCUGCCUUUGAUCCAAGCGGUCAAGUCUUCGCCAUAGGAUCAUCGCAAACCGGACAAGUCCUAAUAUACGAUCAUCGAAAUUUCGACAAGCUCCCGGUCAGCACGUUUGAUAUUGUCGAGGCCUGUAAAUCGGUCAACUUUGAUCAGCUAAUGUCGGGUUGGACAAAGCUAGAGUUCUCCAACGAUGGGCGAAGUAUCCUGUUAGGCACCAAGGGUAGCGGACACUUUCUUCUGGAUUCUUUUGGAGGACACUUAAAGGCCUAUCUGAGAAAACCAGAAGGUCGCACUAGUCGGCUGGCACCCGGCGAGGAUGCUACCAUGAACGGCGGGUGGACCAGCACCAACGUUGAAAGCAGCGGGGAUUGUUGUUUCACGCCGGAUGGCAGGUUUGUUAUCGGUGGCACAAAACAGGGCGUUGUCGUGUGGGAUACACUCGCACAGCCGGACGAGAACAAGGUGUUGUCGCCUGCUCACACGAUAGAAGACCAGAGGCAGGCCGCCGUGGUAGCGUUCAAUCCGCGCUUUAAUUUCUUUUCAACAGCAGAUCAGGAAGUGCUGUUCUGGUUGCCCGAUCCACAUGCCUAGGAGACAUAGGAGGAGGAUACCUGGCUGAAAUAUUGAAGUUUUGAUAAGUAUACAUGCCUGUUAAAUAAUUUACCUGACCCAAUGAUUUCUUGAUUAUGAAUACCGGAUAAUUAGUAUGACUGUACGUAGAUUUGUAGGUAAGAAAUGUUGAGCAUCACGUACU